GUUGGUGAAGCCGUGUGCAUCCGACGACCGCCUCGUCCCGGGCAAACCGCUGUUCCCUGGUGCGACCAUCGUGUCCGGCAGCGGCAGCUUUGCGUUGGGCUUCUUCUCCCUGACCAAAUCCACGCCGGCCAACCUGUACCUCGGCAUAUGGUACAACAACGUCCCAAGGCUCACCGUCGUGUGGGUCGCCAACAGAGAGACCCCCAUCACAAACAGCACCUCCCCUCCGCCAGCGCUGUCCCUGACCAACACCUCCGACCUCGUCUUGUCCGAUGCCAGCGGCCGGGUUCUUUGGACGACGAACGUCACCGGCGGCGUCUCUCCAUUGCCAACGGCGGCGGCCAUCGGCCUCGCCGCUGUGCUUCUGGACACCGGCAACCUCGCCGUCCGGUCUCCGAACGGCACUACCUUGUGGCAGAGCUUCGAGCACCCGAGCGACACGUUCCUCCCCGGGAUGAAGAUCCGGAUGAAGUACAAGCACAACGGGGAGCGCCGUGGCGAGCGCGUCGUGUCGUGGAAGGGCCCCGACGACCCCUCGCCGGGAAGCUUCGCCUACGGCGCGGACCCGGUCACGUUCCUCCAGAUGUUCGUCUGGAACGGGACGCGCCCGGCGCUGCGCAGCGCCCCCUGGACGGGCUUCAUGGUGGACGGCCAGUACCCGGCGAACUCCAGCGCCUACAUCUACGUGGCCAUCGUCAACACCGAGGAGGACACCUACAUAUCCUACAGCCUCUCCGACGGCGCCGCCCACACCAGGUACGUGCUGACCUACUCCGGCGAGUACCAGCUCCAGAGCUGGAACGGCAGCUCGUCGGCGUGGGCGGUUCUCGGCAAAUGGCCGACCUGGGAGUGCAACCGCUACGCCCACUGCGGGCCGUACGGCUACUGCGACAGCACCAUGGCUGCUCCGACGUGCAGGUGCCUCGACGGCUUCGAGCCUGCCAACUCCGACGAGUGGAGCAGCGGCAGGUUCUCGCGAGGGUGCCGGCAGAAGGAGGCGUUGCGGUGCGGCGACGGCGACGGCGACGGCUUCUUGGCCUUGCCGGGGAUGAAGUCGCCGGACAAGUUCGUGCUCGUCCCGAACCGAACCGCCGGGGAGUGCGCGGCGGAGUGCGCCAAGAACUGUUCGUGUGUCGCGUACGCUUACGCCAACCUGAGCAGCAGCGGAUCAUCCAAGGGGGACGUGACGAGGUGCUUGGUUUGGGCCGGCGAGCUGAUUGACACGGAGAAGAUGGGUGAUAUGGCUGGCGGUGAGACGCUGUACCUCCGGUCUGCAGGCUUGGAUGAUACUGGUAGCAGAAGCAGGGCAAAUACCCAUGCAAUGAAGAUUGUGCUGCCUACUGUGUUAGUAAGUAGCACUGUGAUACUUGCGGGCACUAUCCUUGCAUGCUUCAAGUUACAAGCUAGGAAAAGAAAUAGGGAAGAUCACAGGAAGCUUGAGUUAAUUCUGGGUGGUACUGGUACAUCUGAUGGGCUUGGGGAAGGAAACACGGCCCAAGAUUUUGAAUUCCCUUUUGUCAGAUUUGAGGAUAUUGUGGUUGCAACAGACAAUUUCUCAGAAGCAUGUAAGAUUGGGCAGGGAGGUUUUGGCAAAGUUUAUAAGGCCAUGUUGAGUGGUAAGGAAGUUGCUAUCAAAAGGCUGAGUAAGGAUUCUGAGCAAGGAACCAAUGAAUUCAGGAAUGAAGUUGUUCUAAUUGCCAGAUUGCAACAUAGAAAUUUGGUUCGACUUCUUGGUUGCAGUGUUCAGGGUGAUGAAAAGACGUUGAUUUAUGAGUAUUUGCCUAAUAAAAGCUUAGACGCCACCCUUUUUGAUAAUUCAAGGAAAAUGUUGUUAGAUUGGCCGAUACGAUUCAAUAUAGUCAAAGGAGUCGCAAGAGGACUUCUUUAUCUCCACCAAGAUUCGAGACUGACAAUAAUUCACAGAGAUCUCAAAGCCGCUAAUGUUUUACUAGAUGGAGAGAUGAGACCCAAGAUAGCAGAUUUUGGCAUGGCAAGGAUCUUCAGUGACAACCAAACAAAGGCAAAUACACGUCGUGUUGCUGGAACAUAUGGCUAUAUGGCUCCAGAGUAUGCAAUGGAAGGCAUCUUCUCUAUUAAGUCUGAUGUAUACAGCUUUGGUGUGCUUCUCGUGGAGAUUGUAACUGGUGUAAGAAGAAGCUCAAUUGAUGACAUAAUGGGUUUUCCAAAUCUUAUAAUCUAUGCAUGGAAUAUGUGGAAGGAAGGAAAGACAGGACAUCUGGCAGAUUCAUCUAUUAUGGAUACUUGUUUGCCAGAUGAAAUUUUGCUUUGUAUUCAAGUAGCACUGCUUUGUCUUCAAGAAAACCCAGAUGAUAGGCCACAUAUGUCAUAUGUUGUGCUCUCGCUGGAGAAUAGAAGCACCACACUUCCGAAGCCAAAUCAGCCUGCAUACUUUACGCAAAGGAGCACUGAGAUGGAGCAAAUAAUAUAUAAUAAAAAUUCUGUGAACACUCUUACUCUUACCAACAUAGAAGCACGGUAAAAAAAAAUCCUAUAGUUUUGUCAAGAUUUGUGCAAAAUUGCUCUUACCCUGGAGACUGGAAGCACUACACUGCCAAUACUGAAUAACCUUGGGCACUUUGAAGUAUGGACAGAGGACUAGUGAUGCGGAGCAAAAUAAGAGAUAAAAAUUUUCAAUUCGAUGAAUUCUCUUAUUCUCAGAAACAUAGAGGGAAGAUGACUUCUGGAAUAAGAAUCAUUGUGUUCUCGUUUAAUUUCCUUGCUAA